CCCGCCUGUUCUCGCGAUACUUGGCGGAGUGUGCCGUUGCUCUGUCAGCGGAAGGACUUCGUUGAGUUCUAGUUUGCACUUUUUUGGGAUCAAGCGUCAAACUCCAAAGACAAAAAUGACAUCGAGGGUGAUGCAGGUGGCGCGGUGCCCAACAGAGAAGCUCUCCUUGACCAACUUUGCUGUCAUCAACGAGAAGGAGGCGCACUUCGAACAACACGUCACCGUGCGCAACGUAACGCACAAGUACGUGUUCAGCUUGACGACGCACCCCAGCGUCAACGCCGGCACCAUCGCCUUCAGUCUGCCGCAGAGAAAAUGGGCCGGUCUAUCGAUAGGACAAGAUGUGGAAGUGUCCAACUACACGUUCGACAAGUCCAAGCAGUGCAUCAGCUCCAUGACGCUGCAGAUUGACUUCUGGCAGAAGAAGACGGUAGACAGCAGUCCUUACGACUCAGACGCCAUGGCCAGCGACUUCAUCAAGCAGUUCGGCGGCCAGGCCUUCAGUACGCGGCAGCAGAUGGUUUACAAGUUUGGCGAUACAUCCAUUGAGGUGCUGGUGAAAGACAUGGAGGGCAUGGACCCCAGCAUCCUGAAAGGAGACCAUGUGGCUGCCAAGAAACAUAAGACUGAGAUUGGUUUGCUGCUGCCGAACAGUCAGGUGAUAUUUGAGAAGUCCGACAGUUCCUCCAUGACGCUGAUAGGCAAGUCAAAGACCAGAGAGUCUCGCCAGUCCAUCAUCAGCCCGGACUGGAACUUUGAGAAAAUAGGCAUCGGAGGCCUUGACAAGGAGUUUUCGGACAUCUUCCGACGAGCCUUCGCCUCUCGAGUCUUCCCUACAGACAUCGUGGAACAGAUGGGCUGCAAGCAUGUCAAGGGCAUCCUGCUCUACGGCCCCCCCGGCUGCGGUAAAACACUAAUGGCGCGACAGAUCGGCAAGAUGCUCAACGCCUGCGAGCCUAAGAUCGUAAACGGGCCCGAGAUCCUCAACAAGUACGUGGGAGAGUCAGAGGCCAACAUCCGCAAACUGUUUGCCGACGCCGAGGACGAACAGAAGAGGCUGGGCGCCAACAGCGGCCUUCACAUCAUCAUAUUCGAUGAGAUCGACGCCAUCUGCAAGCAGCGAGGCAGCAUGGCGGGCAGCACAGGCGUGCACGACACCGUGGUCAACCAGCUGCUGUCCAAGAUGGAUGGCGUGGAGCAGCUCAACAACAUCCUUGUGAUAGGUAUGACCAACAGGUCCGACCUUAUCGACGAGGCCCUGCUGAGACCUGGAAGGCUGGAAGUCAAGAUGGAGAUCGGCCUCCCGGACGAGAAGGGCCGCGUUCAGAUCCUGCACAUCCACACUGCCAAGAUGCGGCAGUACAAGCUGCUGGCGCCCGACGUGGACAUCAAGGAGCUGGCGGGGGACACCAAGAACUACAGCGGAGCAGAACUGGAGGGUCUGGUCAGGGCGGCCCAGUCCACCGCCAUGAACAGACACAUCAAGGCCAGCAGCACGGUAGAGGUCAACAUUGACACGGCGGAGACGUUGCAGGUCAGCAGAGAGGACUUCAUGGCAGCGCUGAAUAACGACGUCAAACCUGCGUUCGGCACCAACGAGGAGGAAUACGCCAGUUUUAUCAUGAACGGGAUAAUCCGUUGGGGGGACCCGGUGUCGGCCAUCCUUAACGACGGGGAGCUGCUGGUACAGCAGACAAAGAACAGUGAAUACACACCGCUGGUGUCCGUGCUGCUGGAGGGCCCACCCAACAGCGGGAAGACCGCUCUGGCGGCCAAGAUCGCCGAAGACUCCAAGUUCCCCUUCAUCAAGAUCUGCUCGCCGGACAAGAUGAUCGGACACUCUGAGAUCGCCAAAUGUCAAGCCAUUAAAAAGGUCUUUGAGGACGCCUACAAGUCUCAGCUGAGCUGCGUGGUGGUGGACGACAUCGAGCGUCUGCUAGACUACGUCCCGAUCGGCCCGCGUUUCUCCAACCUGGUGCUGCAGGCGCUGCUGGUUCUGCUGAAGAAGCCUCCUCCCAAGGGUCGCAAGCUGCUCAUCGUCGGCACCAGCAGUUGCAAAGACGUCCUGAAGGAAAUGGAGAUGUUGAACGCUUUCAGCACCACCAUCCACAUUCCCAACAUCUCCAGGGGCGAGCAGCUGGUCGACGCCCUGGAGCUGCUGGAAAGUUUCCAGGAGAAAGAGAGGGCGAUCAUCGCUGACAAGGUCAAGGGUCAGCACCUCUGGAUCGGCAUCAAGAAGUUAAUCAUGCUCAUUGAAAUGGCGUCACAGAUGGACGCCCCCUACCGAGUUAGCAAGUUCUUGAGUCUGCUGCGGGACGAAGGAGCACUGGGAUCCAGCAGCACGUUUGUGCCAAUAUAAAGGGGGCGGAGCUCCAGAAAGGGCCUUUGACAGGUGACCUCUUCCGUCGUCGGGCGCCCCGCCAACACCAGCCCUCUCCUAACUGUAUCUGUGUAUAUUGACACUUUUAGCAUCAGUAAUAGUUUUUAUGUAUAUGUCUGAUCAUUCCAUGGACCUAAACGUCUUCAAAUGUU